CAUCAAUUUUUUUUUUUUUUUUCUAAUGAAAGAAAGUACCCUCAUCACAAUACCCUCUUGAGAAUGUAAUAAUUGCUCAUCGUCUUCAUUUUACUUCCCUCUCUCUCUCUCUCUCUCUCUCUCUCUGAGAUUCUCAUGGCUGUCCUGAAGAAGGUCUAUGGAACCUUAACAUCUCCACCAACAUUAAGAGUUUUGGCAUCUCUCUAUGAGCAUGACUUAGACUUUGAGUUUGUACCCAUUGACAUUGAAGCUGGGGAGCACAAACAAGAGCCUUUUCUUUCUCUCAAUCCAUUUGCUGAGGUACCAGCAUUUCAAGAUGGCGACUUGACUUUAUUUGAGUCAAGGGCUAUAAUGAGAUUCAUAGCCUUUGCCUAUCCAAAACCAGGUAAAGAGCACAUAUUCAAAGACCCAUUAACACAAGGUGUUGUGGCUGCCUGGAUUGAUGUGCAAGAUCAUCAAUUCAAUCCUCCAGCUCUGAAGCUUAUCAAUGAGCUAAUCUUCAAGCCCAAAAAUGGAUUCACACCUGACACAACCGCGGUGGCAGAGGAGGAAGCAAAAUUAGCUAAGGUGCUGGACAUCUAUGAAGAGCGACUUGGUGAAUCCAAGUACUUGGGAGGAGAAAAAUUCACUUCUGCAGAUCUAACUCACCUUCCUAACUUGUAUUAUCUCAUGCAGACACCAAUGAAUCGAGUCAUCGAGUCACGCCCAAGGGUUAGUGCAUGGUGUGCAAGAAUUAUGGCUAGGCCGGCUUGGUCUCGGGUUGUGGAGAUGGUAAAAAAUAAGUAUUGAUUGUGUACCAAGGUGAAUGCAGGUAUUGCAUUCUGAAUAUUUUCUGUGAAAUUUCUGUGUCUGUAAUAUUAUUGGGACGAAAAUAUAAAUAAGAUUUGAGUUGUGUCAAUGUAAC